AUGUUAGAGGCGACUAUCCAGGAAGCAUCCACGCUCAAGCGUCUCCUCGAUGCCGUCAAGGAACUCGUGACGGAUGGAAACUUUGAGUGCAACGAUGAGGGAAUUCAUCUACAAGCUAUGGACAACUCGCACGUCGCCCUCGUCUCGGCCAGCCUUCGCAGCGAGGGCUUUAGCAACUUUCGCUGCGAUCGGCCCAUCACGCUCGGUGUCAAUCUUGCGUCGCUCACCAAAGUCAUCAAAUGUGCAAAGGACGACGACGAGGUCAGGCUCACCGCCGCAGACUCUGCGGAUAACCUCCAGCUAGUCUACAACUCGAAAGCAUCGGAUCGUGUUGCGCAAUACGACGUCAAGUUGAUGGACAUUGACCAGGAGACGUUGACCAUCCCCGAUACCGACUACGACGCCACGGUCUCGAUGUCCUCCGCCGAGUUUGCACGUCUGUGUCGCGAUUUGGGUGCAUUGGGCGAAUCUGUCGCUAUAGAGGUCACCAAAGAAGGUGUUCGUUUCAGUUGCGAGGGUGACGCUGCCAAUGGGACAGUGCUCCUCAAAGCCGAUUCAUCAGGUGGACGACACUCGGGAGGGUCGAGCAGCAAGAUGAAAAUCAAAAAGGAGGAGGAUGAAGAUGCGCGAAUGGACGAAGAUGCGUCCGAGGACGAUGGAGGAGAAAAGGAGGACGAAGACGAAGACGAUGAGGAAGAGACGAGCAAGAAACGUAAGCGAUCUAAAGCCUCAUCGGAAAAGGCGCCAAAAGGCAAGGCCAAAAAGGCCCGCAAGACGGAAGAGGAGGGGGACGUGCAGGGUGUGCAGCUCGUCAUGAGCCAGCACGUCGCCUUGACGUUUUCCAUCAAAUACCUUCUCAACUUUGCAAAAUCGGCCAACCUUUGCAACCGCGUCACACUGUCCUUGAGCAAUGAUGUACCGCUGAUGGUUCAAUACGACUUUGGACAAGGAGUUAUAAAGUACUUCUUGGCUCCCAAGCUGACAGACUCGUAA